AUGUUCCAUGCGCAAGCCGGAGCACGCUGUUGCGAUGCGCGUUGCACCCUUCGCACUUUGGGAAGCGCCUCCGAGAGAGUCCCAUCUCAGGCUGCCCUGACCCGUUUGCUUCCCUUGAGGCUUCGGUGGCUCAGGGAGGGCCCAUUGCAGCUGACAGCUGAGCAGUUGCGCCGGGCCCUGGCGGUCAAGCCCCUGGUGUACUUAAAGGAGCCACAGGCUUCCUAUGAACGGGCUCUGCAGGUGGCGCCGGAGCAGUGGCGCUCCCCGCAGGCUUUCAAAGCGCUUCUGCUGCGGGAGCCGCAGGUGUUGGACCUGACGCACAACUGCCUGCUUACAGAUCCGGCGGACCGUGUCAAAGAUGAGUGGGGCGAAGCCGUCCACUGCGAUGGUAAGUGCACCCACUGCUGGCGGACUGCCACUCCAAAGCUGAUGGGCCAGGUCUUGGAUGGCGUGGAGGUUUAG